GGUGGUCACGUGAACGCGGGGGCCGGGCCGGAGGGGAAGAUGGCGGCGGAGCGGGAGCCGCCGCCGCUGGGGGAGACGCGGCCCGCCGACCUCGAGGAGCUGGAGGACGGCGAGGACCUCUUCACCAGCACCGUGUCCACCCUGGAGUCAAGUCCUUUGUCUCCAGAGCCAGCAAGUCUUCCUGCAGAAGACCUCAGCACAAACUCCAAUGGUCCAAAGCCAGCAGAAAUCAUGCUGGAUGGUGACAGAGAAGACCUCUUUGCUGAAGCAACAGAAGAAGUUUCAUUGGACAGUCCAGAGAGGGAUCCAAUACUUUCACCAGAAUCUACUCCUGCAGUCACUCCUGUAACACCUACCACAUUGAUAGCUCCCAGAAUGGAAUCAAAAAGUGUAACAGCCCCAGUGAUUUUUGAUAGAUCCAGAGAAGAGAUUGAAGAGGAAGCAAAUGGAGAUUUGUUUGAUAUAGAAAUCAAUGUAUCAGACCCAGAGAAAGUAGGAGAUGGCAUGAAUGCUUAUAUGGCAUACAGAGUAACAACAAAGACAUCACUUUCAGUAUUCCACAAAAAUGAAUUCUCUGUGAAAAGAAGAUUCAGUGAUUUUCUUGGCCUGCACAGCAAAUUAGCAACAAAAUACAUGCAUAUUGGUUGUAUUGUGCCUCCAGCUCCAGAAAAAAGUAUUGUAGGCAUGACCAAGGUUAAAGUAGGCAAAGAAGAUUCUUCAUCUACUGAAUUUGUGGAGAAAAGAAGAGCAGCUCUAGAAAGGUAUCUACAACGAACAGUAAAGCACCCAACCUUGCUACAGGAUCCAGAUUUGAGACAGUUCUUGGAAAGUUCUGAGCUGCCGAGAGCAGUUAACACCCAGGCUCUGAGUGGAGCAGGAAUAUUGAGAAUGGUGAACAAGGCUGCCGACGCUGUCAACAAAAUGACAAUCAAGAUGAAUGAAUCGGAUGCAUGGUUUGAAGAAAAACAGCAGCAAUUUGAGAAUCUGGAUCAGCAACUUAGGAAGCUUCAUGCCAGUGUUGAAGCAUUAGUCUGCCACAGAAAAGAGCUUUCAGCCAACACCGCUGCCUUUGCUAAAAGUGCUGCCAUGUUAGGUAACUCGGAGGACCACACUGCUCUAUCUAGAGCUUUGUCUCAGCUUGCAGAGGUUGAGGAGAAGAUAGACCAGUUGCAUCAAGAACAAGCUUUUGCUGAUUUCUAUGUGUUCUCAGAACUGCUUGGUGAUUACAUUCGUCUGAUUGCUGCAGUAAAAGGUGUAUUUGACCAUCGAAUGAAAUGCUGGCAGAAGUGGCAAGAUGCUCAGGUCACUUUACAAAAAAAACGUGAAGCUGAAGCAAAGCUCCAACUAGCCAACAAACCUGAUAAAUUACAGCAAGCUAAAGAUGAGAUAAAAGAGUGGGAGACAAAAGUUCAGCAAGGGGAAAAAGAUUUUGAACGGAUCUCCAAAACCAUUCGCAAGGAAGUGGGAAGAUUUGAGAAGGAACGAGUGAAAGACUUUAAAACUGUUAUUAUCGAGUACUUAGAGUCGUUAGUGCAAACACAACAGCAGCUAAUAAAAUACUGGGAGGCAUUCCUACCUGAAGCCAAAGCCAUUGCCUAGAAGAAGAAUAUUCCAAAUGACAAGACACUCUGGAUGUUUGUCCUGGAUAAAACUAAAUUCCACAGUGAAAUCACUUUAAAUCAUCCAAAUAAACCACUGUAUAUUUUAUGAAUUAA